AUGAAGCACCUUGGGCUUCAUCUGGUGCUUCUAUUUGGUGCCUUUCUAGGCCCAGUAGCUGCAUAUGGACCCCGCGCUGCCGCCGAACAAAUGUCUUACUGGUAUCUGUAUCUCCUGGAAGGCGAAUAUGGACGCAAAAGUGACACCCGAACCGUUGCGCCGUUAUGCGCCGAGACAAUGCUGGGAGCGGACGGCAAAGACAAGGCGUGCAAUCUCCAGCAGUUUUUGGAGUAUCUCUGGGCUCCAAGAAUGACAGAGGAGGAAGAAGAGGUCAAUGGUCAGACGGUCAAGAAAACAGUCUAUACGAAAGGCCCGAAGACAAAACUUUUAAACCAAGACGGCACGCCAAUGUCGCUCGAAGAAGCCAAAAAACAACGGCCGUAUCAAGCGAUGAAGGACGUCAGUAAGACUGCGUGGCAAUCAGCCCCGCUGGCAAAAUCCUACGACCUUAUUUUACAAAGUGUGUAUACCGACGGUACGGACGCAGAACGACUUGUUAAAGGUACCGGUGACGACUACUGGACCGCGCGCAGGGAAGUUACUCGGUGUCUCCCUGAAAUCGCUGCCCAUUACCCGGACAUUGAGAAUCCAGGUAAGCCCUACAUCAGGAUGCAGAAGUAUGUCGCACAAUGCAGGGCUGCUAUUCGGUCUGCUUUCCUGGUGCGCCUCGCAGAUUUUGAGUCAUAUCGCAUUGGAAACAAUCUCCUUCAGAAGAUGCUUCAGGAAAAGGUCGGGACAAAACCAAACAUGGUGACUAGAUCAGUCGACUCGGGAGUGGGAUUUUCAUUUCGAACCCUAGACUGUGAUGCAACUGUUUCUGCGAAUUCUGCUAUAUCUGGAUUUGCGGGUGAAUUGGAGGAAACAUGCGCCAAAUAUCGAACCGAGGAUGUGAACCACUGGACUGCUGUGCAGGCCGCUAUGGGUGCCAUUACAGAGGGCCAGUGUGAAGUUCCAACCGGCAUUAAACUCAAAUGA